AUGGGAUUCUCGAACGCCGCCGCCGCCACCGCUGCCACCACCCCCACCACCACCGUAUCUACCGAGAAUCAAAAAUACCAAGGCAUAGACGUCCACUCGUUCGGCAUGCGCAUCCUCAAAAAGCAAGGCUGGCGAGAAGGUACCGGUUUAGGCCCGAACAAGAGCGGAUUGAAGAAACAUUUACACGCGUCGAGACGAGAACACAACAGCGGGUUAGGGACGGACAGGAGAGAUACCACCGGCGUCGUCGGCGCGGAUUGGACCAGGAACGCGAAGAAUUUUGAUGCCGUUUUGAAAGGACUGGAAGAUUACACGAAGAAAGAAGACUUUGACGAGGAUGACGAGGAUGGGAGUAAAGGAGGAGGAGGAGACAAAAAGAAAGACAAGAAGGAAAAGAAGAAGAAGCGGAAGAAAGAGGAGGAGGAGAAAGCAGAAGAAGACGUUCCGGAACGACCGAGGAGUGCGGUUGGACACACGGGGAGAUAUCAUAAACGAGAGCGGGAGAAAAUGCGGGAGUAUAGCUACGACGAUUUGAACGCGAUUUUAGGCGGCGGAGCGUUUGGCGGCUUGGAAGAAGUGAGAGCGAAUCACGAUUCAGACGACGAUAGGAAAGAUAGCGAUGCGAGCAAUGAUAGGAAAAAAGUAGAUGAUGACGAUAUUAGGAAGAAAGAUGACGACGACGACGAUGGAAACAGGAAAAAGAAGAAAUCGUCGAAGAAGGAGAAGAAGAAUAAAAAGAGUGAUGGUAGUAAAAAGAGCGACAAAGAAGGUUCGCCUUCGGACGAAAUGAUGACGACAAAGUUUACGUUUCCUCCGAAACCGAGAGAUUGGUGGGGACAUGCGUUUGGGUUUUGUCAAGAAGGAUGCGGGAAAGACAGCGACGGGUAUAACGCGACAGGUAAUAACGACGCGAUGAACGAAAACAAAGACAAACUCGGCUUUACCGAAGACGAGCAAAUCGAACUCUUCGAACGGGCGCACCUCACCGCGACGACGAAAUCCUCGCACAGAGGUCUCGGACUCAGCAGCUCUGGGAAAGAAGUCGGUCACGAUUUCGAAGGCACAAAAGUCGCGCUCGACCACGACGUCGUCCCCGAAGACGACGAGGACGAGAGGAAAGCAAAAAAAGCGCCUUGGUCUUCGCUCGCCAAGAAACUCUUAAAGAAGAGCGGAAACGACGGUAAACUCGACGCCGACGCGUUCUGGCAAAAGCUCAUGAAGAAAGCCUUAGACGGAAACAAACCGGAAAACGCGACCGUUUGGGACGACGCCAUGCGAUGGACGAUUCGGAGAGACGGGAAAUUCAUCGUCGGUUACGAUUUCGUCACCUUGUGUAAAUAG